AUGCUUGGCUACAUCUCCUCCACUCGUAAAAAGAGCUGUCUCGCCUGUGUAAAAAGCAAACGAAGAUGUGACCUGGGGUACCCGUCGUGUAAGCGCUGUUCCACCAAGCAUCUGGACUGCACCUAUCCCAAUGCCGCCGCACGCCAGCACCAACACCAGCAGGUCGGAGUUGUCGUCCGCCAGACAACACCGGAUAUCGUGCCGGUCGACGAGGACAAAAACGACUUCAAUCAAAACACCAUACCAGUAUCGAAAGACCAAACCGAAUCAAUAAUACCUGACGCUCAGUUCACCCCCGAGAUACGAGCCCUAGAUCCGUCCUGGCUCCAAUCCACUUCGGGUGCGUCCUCCUCUCGUGAAACACCCUUUCAGGACGACCUCAACCUCAGUCUGGACUUACCACCGCGGCUAUCCGAAACCCUCCUGCCCCAGAUACGGCAGAUAUGGGAGCCAACCAUCCUGUCACAAUCCCAAGUUCUCUUCGUCGUCGACAAAAUAUGCGCCUACAUCCCAUCCCUCGCGCUCUCUGGCGCCACGCCCUUCAUCCAUGAGCGCAUGUACCAAGGCUGGCAGCCGCAAGCCUACCAAGACAGCUGCACCAUCGCCGCCCUCCACAUGGUCAAGACGCCGCAGAACAAAGCCAUCCUAACCAAGACGAUCGACUGCAAGAUCUCCGCGCUGAUCGCGUCCGCCAACACGUGGACGCUGGCCGAGCACCUCGCCGCCGUCCAGGCCCUCAUCGUCUAUCAGAUCAUCCGCCUCUUCGACCCGGACCUCGACCUCCAGCGGCUCGCCGACAGGCAGAACAUCCUGCUCGCCAUCUGGUCCGCCCACCUCUGGAAACGCUACUUCAACGAGCUCGACCCCACCGACAACUGCUACGACUCGUGGAUCUUCCAGGAAUCGCUGCGCAGGACGGUGCUCAUGUCUGUGUUCUUGCGCGGGAUCUGGUGCUCGUUCACGAAGGGCGGGUACUGCGACCAGGUGCCCAUUCUGGCGAAGCUUCCCGUGACCAGGGACGGCGUGCUGUGGUCUUCGGACAGCGAGCAGUGGAAGGAGAGGAGGCCGUGUACGACGGAGGGAGGGAAGUUGAUCUCCUAUGGGGAUCUGUCCGAGGGUUGGUCGGUCGAUCAGGAACCUGAGAAGCUUCCUGAGUGGGAGCGGGUGCUGCUUGUGGCUUGUCGGGGUGCGGCUGACGCGAGGUUGCUUGGGUAG